CGGCGGGGCCGGCACCGGCGUUGGGUCCGCUCCGCUCCGCGCCCCGCGCCCGCCAUGGCGGCCCGCAGCCCCCGGGCCCUGCUCGCCAUCGGCCUGGCCCUGCUCGCCACCGCUGCCACCGCGGCCACCACCAUCGAUCCCUUCUCCUCCCAGCUGGGAGACACCGCCGGGUGCCGCGGGCAGUGCGGCCGCAGCCUCCCCCGCCGGGCCGCUGCCGAUGCUGUUCUCAACGCCUGUUACCGGGGCUGCCGCCUGUUCUCCAUCUGUCACUUUGUGGAUGCGAGUGCUGAGCUGAACACAACCAGAGCUGAGUGUGAAGCAGCCUGUGCUGAAGCCUACAGCAACGCUGAGGAGCAGUUUGGCUGCGUGAGUGGGUGCCACAAGCAGCUGCCUGAGGUGGAGAGCAGGAAGGAGAAGAGCCCAGCACUGAAGGACCCAACCUUCUCCAUGCUGGAUUUGGUCUCCACCUUCUGCAACGACAUCGUCAGCUCUGCCCAGAGCUUCAUCUCCUCCACCUGGACCUUCUACCUGCAGGCAGACGAUGGCAAAGUCGUGGUGUUUCAGUCCCAGCCCGAGGUGGAGUAUCCAGUUCCUGAGGUGCAGGAGACUCUGCUGGAGCAGCCAGGACUGGGGUCCAGCCCCCGUGUCCCCCAGCCCCACACAGGCCCCCGGGUGAAGGGGGAGAAACCCCCUGGGAAGGAGCCAGGAGGCAAAGGGAAGGUGCAGCCCCAGGACCCCCCCCAGCCAGAGCACGACUUCCUUGGCUGCAUGUCCAAGCGCUCGGGGCUUCCUCGGUGGAUCCUGGCUGCCUGCCUCUUCCUCUCCAUCAUGGUGAUGCUGUGGCUGAGCUGUGCCAGUUUGGUGACUGCCCCCGAGCAGCAUGUCAAGACCCAGCCUCUGAGCAUCAACGGGGACAAGGAGUACCUGGAGGACCUGGAUGGCCCCGGUGCCUUCCCCCUGCCACCCGUCAUCGCUGUCACCCUCUGCCCCACGCGUGGCACCGAGGACGCGGGGCCACUGCCCCUCAAGGUGGACCUGGACAAGACCAUCCUGUAGCUCUCCUGCCCCUUCCCAUCACCUCCAUGCCACCUCCCUGUCACUGUCCCCACAGCAUUGUCCCCAUCCCUGCUCCCCUGCCCCUCCAACCACCCCAUGUCCACAGCUCCUCUAGGGACACCUCAGGCUCUGUCCUAGUGGGGACUUGGGGACACCAUCCCAAGGAGGCUCCUAGGAGCUGGGCUCUGCCUUUGCCUCCUCCCUAGACACGUUGCUUCCCGGGAUCUUGGUUUCUCAACACUUGAGAGCCAAGAGCAGAGCUGCCAGAAUGGGGAGGCUGGGGGGGAGCCCAUCCUGGGAGCGGGGGGUUCCUUCUCCUCCCAACCAGAGCCCCCCGGGGCCUCGCAGCCCUCCGGGCACAGCUCCAGCACUGGGCAGGAGGAAAAAAACGGCUGCAGUGGGGGGAUGGAGAAUGUCUGCAGCCUUUGGGGCUUUUGGCUCAGCACAUCCUUGGCCUCCCACCUUGGGCUGAGCCUCCAAGGCGCCUUCUCCAGCCCUGGGAAGUCCCUUCCGACAGAGCCGAUUGCCUCGGGGACUCGAAACGUGGAGAAUGGAUUUGGCCUUGGCAGCCGGAGAGAGGAGGAGGAGAGGAUCUCAGAGCUUCCAUGCCCAUGCCAGGACCCAGCCGGCUCCAUCCCAGAGCUGCCGAGGGGCCCUGGAAUGGUUCCUUCCCCUCCCUGCUCCGGGAUGCUUUGGGUUGGCAGCGGGACCAAGCAGGGGAUGAGGCGGUGAAUUCUCCUGGGUUGUGUCUGAGCUUGGGGAGGAGGUAGGAGCUGCCAGGAUGGCUCCAUCCCAAGCUCAGCAUCCCUGCCUGCGGGGUCCCUGGGCUUAGAGGGAACCCCCUGGGUGUUGUCCCCUCUGUCCCCUGCUCUGUAGACUCAGUGGGAGGUGGGACAUCUCCCCAUCUCCCCACCUUUCUCCAUCACUCGACUCCUUGCGUCCUUCCGUGGUUUGAUUGGCACUGGCAUGUGUUUCCUCAGCACCCCAGGGGACACCCCUCUGCUCAGGAGGGACAGCUCAGUGGUGGCCAUCCCUCCCACCUCCCCUUAACCCCCCCUGUACAGAUUAACUUAUUACCCACGACCCCCCUGCCCUUGGUUUUUCUGGCUCUCUCCGUGUGCUGCCGCUUCUUGGUGACAAGAGGGUCUUGGGGGGCCGUGGGGCAGGGUUGGGGGGGGUCUCAUCCCCAGCCCCCCCUGGUUUUGUGCUGCUCUGUGUCAUCACUUUCACCGUGCAACAUAUCUGGGGUUGGGGAAGCGGGGUUUGGGGGGUGGGGGGUGGGAAGGGGUGUCUCGUGUCCAUUUGGGGACCCUUUUUCGUUGUUGCUUUUUGGCCGCUCGGCUCAGCUCGGAGGUGCCCGUGGGGUGGAGCUGAUGCUCUCCCUGUUCCUGGGGGUGCAACCGGGGAGGGGACAGCCAUGGAAAACCCCUCCCCCCCACAAGCUUUGCUUCCAAAGGGCAAACCCAGCCCUGAUCUGGCAGACGGGGGGGAAAUAAAAGGUUUGUACCAGA